GGAUCUUAUAUAAUAUGGGGUUUCACAGGGCAGUGAUGUAUAAAUAAAGUCAAACAUUCUUGAGGCAGACUCAUAUUACUUGUCUGUAUUGCUGGUGCUAACUUCACCGUGGGCUGUAGGGCUGCUCUCAGAAGGGUGAUCCGUGGCCUUAUUUGAGUUAAUUUUGGAAGGUGUGCAGGAUGGAUCCAAAUGAGACAGGGGAUCAACUUGUUUUCUUUGUGAAUGGUAAAAAGGUGAUAGAAAAAGACGUGGAUCCAGAAACAACUCUGCUAACCUAUCUACGAAGAAAAUUGGGCCUAUGUGGAACCAAACUAGGCUGUGGAGAAGGUGGAUGUGGUGCUUGCACUGUUAUGAUAUCGAAGUACGAUCCCUUUCGGAAGAAAAUCCUCCACCAUACUGCCAAUGCUUGCCUCUUCCCUGUCUGUGCCCUGCAUCAGGUAGCUGUAACUACUGUUGAAGGCAUAGGAAACACAAAAUCCAGACUGCACCCAGCCCAGGAGAGAAUAGCAAAAAGCCAUGGGUCCCAAUGUGGCUUUUGUACUCCAGGCAUUGUCAUGUCCAUGUACACGUUGCUUCGGAACACAACAGAGCCCAAAAUGGAGGACAUAGAAGAUGCUUUCCAAGGGAACUUGUGUCGGUGUACAGGGUACAGAGCCAUUCUGGAAGGAUACAGGACCUUUGCUAAAGAUGUGAAUUGCUGUGGUGGAGUAGCCAAUGGCACUGGAUGCGGUCAUAGUGAGAGGGAAAAUAGCACGAAUGGGGGCUGCUGUGGAGGAAAAGUCAAUGGUCCAGGCUGCUGCAUGAAUGGAAGAGAAGACAAUGUGAAAAUGAUGUCCUCCAGCCUUUUCAAUUCUUCUGAGUUCCAGCCUUUGGACCCUACACAGGAGCCAAUCUUCCCACCAGAGUUAAUGAUUCAGUGUAAAAAACAGCAGAAACAGCUGUGUUUCAAAGGUGAGCGUGUGACGUGGAUCCAGCCUACAACUCUCAAGGAACUGGUGGCUCUCAAAUCCCAGUACCCGAAUGCCAAGCUUGUUGUGGGAAACACGGAAGUAGGCAUUGAGAUGAGGUUAAAAAACAUGUUGUAUCCUGUGAUAAUAGCACCAGCAUGGAUCUUGGAAAUGAAUGCUGUUCAGCACACUGAAACAGGGGUCGCCUUUGGUGCUGCCUCUACACUCAGCUCAGUAGAGGAGGUGCUGAGAAAAGCAGUGGCAGAGCUUCCUCCUUACAAAACGGAGGUCUUCCAGGCUGUCCUUGAACAACUGCGGUGGUUUGCAGGGCCACAGAUCAGGAAUGUUGCUGCUCUUGGUGGGAACAUAAUGACAGCAAGCCCAAUUUCUGAUUUAAAUCCUGUGUUAAUGGCAAGUGGAAGCAAACUGACUCUCGCCUCAAAAGAGGGCAAAAGGACUAUCACAAUGGAUGAGAAGUUCUUCACUGGAUACAGAAAGACAGUAGUUAAGCCUGAAGAAAUACUUCUUUCUGUUGAAAUACCCUACAGCAAGAAGGGUGAAUACUUCUCGGCAUUCAAGCAGGCUUCCCGUCGGGAGGAUGACAUUGCUAUUGUGACCUGUGGGAUGAGAGUCCUGUUCCAAGAUGGCACCAGCCAAGUGGAGGAGAUAAAACUAAGCUAUGGAGGAAUGGCUCCUACAACUGUCCUGGCACUAAAAACUUGCCAGGAGCUCACUGGCAGAGACUGGAAUGAGAAGCUGCUGCAAGAUGCCUGCUGCUUGCUGGCGGGUGAGAUGGAUCUGCCUCCUUCUGCACCUGGUGGGAUGGUGGAUUUCCGACGCACACUCACACUCAGUUUCUUCUUCAAGUUCUACCUGACAGUCCUGCAAAAACUCACCAAAAACAACAAUGGCGCUAACAAUCUGUGUGAGCCCAUCCCCUCAAACUAUAUCAGUGCUACAGAGCUGUUUCACAAAGAUCCCGUUGCAAAUGCCCAGCUCUUCCAAGAAGUGCCCAGAGGGCAGGCAUUUGAAGAUAUGGUUGGCCGUCCUUUGAUGCAUGUUUCAGCAGCCAAACAAGCGUGUGGAGAAGCUGUUUACUGUGACGACAUCCCUCACUAUGAGAAUGAGCUAUAUCUAACGCUGGUAACCAGCACCAAAGCCCACGCUAAGAUCCUUUCUGUAGAUGCAUCUGAAGCCCUCAGCAUUCCUGGAUUUGUGUGUUUUGUCUCCGCCAAGGAUGUUCCUGGCAGCAACAUCACUGGCAUUGCUAAUGAUGAAACUGUCUUUGCUGAGGAUGUGGUCACUUGUGUUGGUCAUAUCAUUGGUGCAGUUCUUGCAGACACACAAGAGCAUUCCAGAAGAGCAGCUAAAACUGUGAAGAUUAAGUAUGAAGAUCUCAAACCUAUUGUCACAAUUCAGGAAGCCAUUGAGAAACAAUCCUUUUUUAAGUCUAUAAAGAGAAUUAUUAAGGGAGAUGUGAAGAAAGGAUUUGAAGAAUCUGAUCACAUUUUGGAAGGAGAGAUGUACCUUGGUGGACAGGAGCAUUUCUAUCUGGAGACUCACUGUACUGUGGCUGUGCCAAAGGGGGAAGAUGGUGAGAUGGAACUCUUUGUGUCAACCCAAAACCCAGCAAAGACACAGGAGUUUGCUGCUAAUGCAUUGGGAGUCCCUUCAAAUCGUGUUGUGGUUCGGGUGAAAAGAAUGGGAGGAGGAUUUGGAGGAAAAGAAACUAGGAAUACUAUUUUGACAACUGCAGUGGCUGUCGCAGCCUUCAAAACUGGCCGCCCAGUAAGGUGUAUGCUGGAUCGAGAUGAGGACAUGCUGAUAAGUGGUGGGAGACAUCCUUUCCUGGGGAGGUACAAGGUUGGUUUCAUGAAGAAUGGGAAAGUCAAGAGUCUGGAGGUGUCAUACUACAGCAAUGGGGGCAACUCUGUAGACCUCUCUUAUGGCGUUAUGGACAGAGCCCUGUUACAUUUGGAUAACUCAUACAACAUCCCCAAUGUCAGGAGUGUGGGUAUUGUAUGCAAGACCAACUUGCCUUCCAACACAGCUUUCCGGGGAUUUGGAGGGCCCCAAGGGAUGAUGAUUGCCGAGUGCUGGAUGAGCGACAUUGCUCAGAAGUGUGGCCUGCAACCUGAGGAGGUGCGGAGGCUGAAUCUUUAUAAUGAAGGAGACCUGACUCAUUUUAACCAAAAGCUGGAGGGAUUUACUCUACGAAGAUGCUGGGAUGAAUGUUUGUCAAGUUCUAGCUAUUAUGCCAGGAAGAAACUAAUUGAAGAAUUCAACAAGCAAAAUCGCUGGAAGAAGAGAGGUCUGUGCAUUAUUCCUACCAAAUUUGGCAUCAGCUUCACCAUUCCGUUUCUGAACCAGGCUGGAGCUCUGGUUCAUGUGUAUACUGAUGGCUCUGUAUUACUUACACAUGGUGGGACUGAGAUGGGUCAAGGACUUCACACCAAAAUGAUCCAGGUUGCUAGCAGGUCACUGGGAAUUUCCACCUCCAAAAUUUACAUCAGUGAGACCAACACAAACACUGUUCCAAAUACUUCUCCAACUGCCGCAUCUGUCAGCGCGGACAUCAAUGGAAUGGCCGUCCAUAAUGCAUGUCAGACUAUCUUAAAAAGAAUUGAGCCGAUCAAACAGUCUAAUCCCAAAGGAUCCUGGGAAGACUGGAUUAAAGCUGCCUAUGAGGACUGCAUUAGCUUGUCAGCCACGGGGUUUUAUAGAAUUCCUGAGCUCGGCUACGACUUCGAAAAGAAUGAGGGGAAGCCAUUCUGCUACUUCAGUUAUGGUGUUGCUUGCUCCGAAGUUGAGAUAGACUGCCUUACGGGUGACCACAAGAACAUUCGCACAGACAUUGUUAUGGAUGUUGGUACCAGUUUGAACCCAGCCAUAGAUGUAGGACAGAUAGAAGGAGCAUUUGUCCAAGGCCUUGGGCUCUUCACCAUGGAGGAGCUGCGAUAUUCUCCUGAAGGGAACUUGUACACUCGGGGGCCUGGGAUGUAUAAAAUCCCAGCAUUCGGAGAUGUCCCAACAGAAUUCUAUGUGUCUCUUCUUCGUGACUGUCCAAAUAGCAAGGCAGUUUAUUCAUCCAAGGCUGUGGGAGAGCCACCUCUGUUCCUGUCUGCCUCAGUGUUUUAUGCCAUUAAAGAUGCCAUCUACUCAGCAAGGAAGGACUCUGGCCUAAGUGAACUGUUCAGGCUGGACAGCCCUGCCACACCAGAGAGGAUCCGCAAUGCUUGUGUGGAUGUAUUCACCAAAAUGUGCCCUCCUGCUGAGCCAGGGACCUUUAAGCCAUGGUCUGUGCGUGUGUAAAAAUGAAGUUUGAGGAGCAAACUCUCCUCAUGAAACUGAGAUUGCACCGGAGGGACCACAAGGCAGUAGGACUAUAAUGGAAAAAAAAAUAAUCUGUUCAUGUGGCUCAUCCACUGAUUCAUGGAGCUUUCACAUUUAAUUGUCCAAUCAUUGUUUUCUCUAGAAGAAGGAAUUGCUGCCAGAUUAUAGCUGUGAUUUAAGUUCAAAUGCAGAAUAAGGAAGGUGAUGUUAUCCCGAUACAACUGAAAAAUCUUACAGGUUUCAUUUAAAAUUGCUGCAAGGAUGGGAGGUUGCUGCAGGUUGGUUGUUUCUGUCUUUUUCUUCUAUGGAAAAGAUAAAUCACCUGGUGACACUAUGCUAAGGAAAGCUUUUGAUGCAUUGAACCUAGCAAAAGCAGUCCUCUAGCUGAGAUGAGGGAGGGCAUGAGAGGCACUGAGGGCUGGACACUGAUGUGUCCACUCUGCACGCAAAGUCAAAUAUACACUAGAGGAAGAUGAAAGAGGAGUUUUGAUGUUAGCUAAUGAUGAUGGUCUUAUCUAUGCAACAAAAGUGAUUCUGAAGAAAACCCUAAAAUAUGACCAAUAUCUGAUUUAUCCUAAGUUAAACGAGGAUUGCUAUGUCUACACCAGAGCUUUAAUGAAUUUUUAGUUCACGUGCUACUUUAUCUUCCCUGAUUAAAGACAAAAACUGAAGGUACCAAGAGGACUUCCAGCAAGAUGCAGGUUCAUUUGACAUGCUAAGCUUUUCCCCCUGUACCUCCACAACUUUCCUCUAUCUUUUAGGAGGUAGGUAUCUCUCUUCACAGGUUUUGUCACUGUCAGUUUUAACACUAUACAUCAUAUUCUCUCUAGAUGAUGACAGCCAUGUACUGUACGUGCUCAUAAUGUGCAAACUUUUAUCAGUUUCUCUGGCCCAAAACUUUAUGAAAAUGUCCUUUUUCUAUUUUUGCACUCCUAGGAUGUAACUCCAUUGCCUUAUAUAAAAUUUUGCUCAUGUACUCCAUCUGAGGAGGUCCAAGAAUGUAUGUACAGUUUGAAAUAUUUUUUGGAAGCACUCCAGGGCAUAUAGUUUGGAAAUGUGUAGAUUUGUUUCUCAAAUUAAAAUAUUAUAGUUCUACCACCUGGAAAAGGAGCAUGUGAGUUGCAGAAAGUGUUUUGUGCCUGCUGGGCUUGCUGUGUAAUUCUUUUAAUAAUUGAAAUAUGAUAUUGGUGUUUCUUAAGCUCUGAGGUACUAGGCAAGAACACAUUUUUGUUUUCUCCAGAAGGCUGACAAUAUGCAAAAAACCUCUUAGAGAAGAAAAUAUGAUCAUUUGUGUGCAGGAACAGAUAUUGGAGCCUGUGUAUCCCUGUUCUUGAAUGUCCAAGAAGAGAUACAAAAUGCAAAGUCUGUAAGGGUCUGAUGUCAGCACUGUUUAAGUGAUAUUGGAACUCAUGAGAUAACCAAACACAGUCAUCCAAACCAGGCCAAGGAGAAGUGCAAAAGGAAUGUAAUGUGUGAUAGUACGGAAAACUGAGAGCUACAGGCAGAGAAUGUGAUAGUGAGGAGCUUCCAGCAUUGUCUCAAAUGUUCACAAGAGGCCUGCUUCUUCUGAGGGUCCUGAGACAUGAUGUCACUAACAGGAUGACUAAGUGCUCUUUAUACCCCAUAGUUCUGGGAACACCUUUAUCAUAGUUUCAGAAUGGGUUUGCUGUGGUGACUGUCUGGUCAGGUGGAUUUUUUAAAAAUUGUAUUUAUCAAGUCUCUUGUUAUUCGCUUUGUACAUUGGUUUGAUGUACAAAGUUCUGUGUAAAUACAGUCAUUAGAGUGGACUGGUUCAGUGUAGACUUUAGCCUGUGGAGCAUUUUUGCUGCAGCAUUGCUAAACCUCUGUUUCCCAGAGGUUUAGCAGUUUUAGGCUUGCCCUCAAGCCUGCCCCAGCUCAGGGUACUCUUAUUGUUCUUCAUCAGACACUGGCUGAUAGAGGGGAGAAAAAUCUUCCUUUAGGGGUGCACUGGAAUUGAAUUGAAUGUAGAUAAGAUCAAACCCCUGAGGAGAGGAAGUAGGGGUAAUUACAAAGUAAUUGCAGAAACUGUUUUUGAGGAUGUAUGAAAAAGGGAAGCUUAGAGACUAACAGGAAUUUACAGUGAGAUCAGUGUAAUAGCUGGCUGGGCUGUGGGGGGGACAGAGACCCUAAGGAAUACAAAACUGAGGUUUUCAUUUCGCCUCUUGGUGUCUUAACAUUUCAUACAUUGUUUCCCCAUGGAACUAAGACCUUAGGGAAGGACUGGGAUCCACUGUAGAGGGCUGAGAGGAAGAACUGAAUACUGCUCUAGUGUAGCCUGACUGAAAGUGUAGUCUGCACUACAAAGCUGCCAGAGGACAGCUCUCCUGCUCUGACUGUUCCGUACUGUCCUCUGAGGUGCUGCAUCAGAUCUUCACGCACAUCUUGCUGCUUGGGAUUUUAGCUUGCAAUUGAGGAAGAAGGGAAAGCUACUUAUGAAGAGAAAAAUGUUCCUUUCCUAGUAGUUUUCAGUGAAAUACAGUAGGGAUGCAUGAUUCUAAUGUAACACGUAAUAGGAGAUUUGCUGCUUUUCUCCUUCCAGAACUGUAUCCUCAGAAAAGGAACUAUGCCAUCUUGCUAAAAUGUAACAUAUUAUGCACAAUAAAGGCACUUAAGUAAUAAUUACUGUAGCUAGAUACUUUGUGGAAGGGUGAAAGGAUGCCACCUGAUCUGAUGUCUUACUGCUAUUAAUUGCAUGUCCUUUCAUGAGAGAGGGAGGCCAAGUCUUCAGUAAUUGUUUUAGGUCAGUUGUAAUCAACAGUUUUCACUAUCGUUCUUUAACAAGCACUGUAAAAUCAGUGCCUUUGUCACAUGAAUGUAUGUGGAAUUCUCUGUGAAUGUCACAAUAUUGCAAAAUAAAGCUAAAAAAUAUUGUAGAAACUA